CCGGUGACUGGAAAUCCUGCGGGCGCCAUCUUCUGCCGAGACGCGGGAAUUCAUUCAUUCAGGAUAGAUGGCUAGUCGUACACUCGUUAUUAUGAUGCAUCAUGGGAUUGAAUCAGUGCUCUCACUAAAAUGGAUGUCUCCUCAAAUAGUGUACUGUAUUAGGGUAUUUAGGGGUCUAUUUUGGACACAGCCAUGGUGCGGUCUUCGGAGGCUGCGCAAAAACGGUGCUACAUGACGUUCUUGAAUGAAUUACCUUAGUGGUCGGACGCGUAUGAACCGCUGUGAGUUGAGGUAGCACAAACCGCAUUUAAACUUACAAAAUGAAGUUUACUAUUCGUGAAGGCAAACCUGAAGACUGCAAAGAUAUAGAGCGCAUGAUCAUGGAAUUGGCCGUUUAUGAAAAAAUGCCCGACCAAGUUAAGAUAUCCCACAAAGAGUUGGAGAGAGAUGGAUUUGGACCCAAUCCAUAUUACCAGUUUCUUGUAGCUGAAGUGCCUGAGGAGCAAAAAUCUAAAGAUGGAUACACCAAGGUCGGUUAUGCUCUGUUCUUCUAUACUUACAGCACAUGGAAAGGCAGGGUUGUGUAUAUGGAAGAUCUUUAUGUCAUGCCAGAGUACAGAUGGAAAGGCAUUGGGAAGGCUUUAAUGGCAACUGUCGCCAAAGUGGGUAAAGAGAAGGAGUGUGUACGGUUGCAGCUCUCUGUACUGGACUGGAACAAACCUUCUCUGGAAUUUUAUUUGGCUAAAGGUGCAGAGGAUCUUACAGCUAAGGAGGGCUGGCAUCAUAUCCGCUUUCAUGGAGAAGCUCUGAACAAUCUAGCUCAGGAGGCACCUUGAGGAACAUUUUACAGAUGAAGGAAUAAAACGUAUACAGUAUAUUAAAACGAAUAUGUGUUGGUUAAAACAAAUGUUGAUUCUAAUGUCUUUUCGCUGUUGUCCAGCUUUUCAAUCUAUUCAUUUUUAGACGUUAUCUUAAAAAUGCAUUUGAGAUAGUAUUUUGCAAAUACUCUCAUAUGCCUCGACUUGAAAUUGUACUAUUGACUAAACUAGCAUAGAAUUUUAGUUUUAUAUUUAUUUACAAAAAUGAACAAUAAAAAUGUUACAUGGCAAA